AAACACACCCGAGCCCCAAAACGCUGAUUGGCUCUUGCUCACUGACGCGGAAAGCCAACUCGCACACUGAUUGGCUGGAGUCAUCCAGAUGCCUGAGAGCGCCAGAAAACAAGCUUGAGCGGGUGAUACUGAAGUCUCCCCGGGAUAGAGCGAGAGAACCGGACAGGAGGCUCAGAAGAGAGGAGGUACAGGAUCAGGAGGACUACCCGCUUAUUUUUGAAGAGGGAAACUAGCUGCUAUGUUCGUCUGAAGAAAGAACACUCUGACAAGUGUGUGGAGCCUCAUUGGAACAUUUAAUCCACUCAUCCAGCAGCAGAAAAAGUUUUUCCAGAUGGAAGUUGAAUGUCUGGCACUGAAAGACCUCACAAGUCCCAAGAAGAAAAGUUUCCCCCUGGAGCCAGAGGAGGAUGGGGGCCAAAGUGAACAAAAGGAGAACAUCUGCACCGACAGAAAAAAAUCCACGCCCCUGAAAUCUGCAGAAUCCCCCGUCCCAUUCCUGCUCUUCAGAAAAGUUGCCACCCCCGACCUCGCCCACAUCACCCCGAUCAAACACACUGCGCUUGCUGAACCCUGGACACCCACGGCCAACCUGAAGAUGCUGAUCAGUGCGGCGAGCCCAGACAUCCGGGACAGAGAGAUGAAGAAGGUGCUGUUCAGACCAAUAGAGAAUGAGAAGGAAAAGCCGGAAAGUCCACAAGCGGUGGUGGAGGACGCAGAGGUGGAGGACUCUUGUCAGUUUGAAGCAGCAGAUGAGGAGGAAGACGCAGACAAAAAGCCGAGCAGGAAGCAAAAGAGUCUUGGUCUGCUCUGCCAGAAGUUCCUGGCCCUCUACCCUGAUUAUCCCCCGCCACACAAACCCAUCUGUAUCUCACUGGACGAGGUGGCUUCCAGUCUUGGAGUGGAGCGGCGGCGGAUCUACGACAUUGUCAACGUGCUGGAGUCUCUCAUGAUCGUAGGCCGGAUAGCCAAGAACAGCUACACUUGGUACGGUCGCCAGCGGCUGGAAGUCACGCUGGAGGAUCUGCAGAGGAGGGGUCUGCAGCAGGGCUACCACCUGCAGAUGGAGGCAGCCGCUGAGGCCAGAGUACCAGGGUGUGAGGAUGACGGGGCAGAAGGAGACGCUGGCAAUGCAGGAGGCAACAGGAAAGACAAAUCUCUGCGAAUCAUGAGUCAGAAGUUCGUCAUGCUCUUCCUCGUGUCCAAAACUCAAACGGUCACUCUGGACGCAGCCGCAAAAAUCCUCAUCGAGGAGAGCCAGGACUCAUCGAGCCACAGCAAGUACAAAACUAAAGUGAGGAGGCUGUACGACAUCGCUAACGUGCUGACCAGCCUGGACCUCAUCAAAAAGGUCCACGUCAGGGAGGAGAGAGGCAGGAAGCCGGCCUUCAAAUGGCUCGGCCCGGUUGAGUUUAAGAACUCUGGAGUCGUCCCUCUGCCCGGAGUCAUACAGUCCAUAACAAUUGAGGACAUCAGACAGUUUAAGAUGCAGCGUCACGCCUCCUUCAACGUCACACCGACCCCUGUGGCCGUCCAGCGGCAGGUCAACUCUGCACCCAGCAGUCCACGACGAGAACUUAAAGUUCUACAAAACCAGCCUGUGGAUUAUUCCAAAAAGACUACGAGCAACAACGCAGCAUGUCGAGUGAAGUUUGAAAACAGCACAGAGAUCCGUCCUCACGCAGCCCUGCAGAUCCCCUGCAGCAGCAGCAGCUCAAUGCCUCCGUCCGCCUCCCACCCCGCCCUGCUGGCACCCUCCCUCCACCCAGAGCACCUCUUCACAAACCCCCCCUCCCCCCACUGCUUGGCCUACCUGCCCAGCCUGUCCCAGCCCUCCGUGGUCAUGCUGUACAGAGCGCCAGACAAGCCUGAAGGUCAAAGGUCGCCUGGGGCGGAGUCUGAGGAGGGAAGGAAGAGAAGGAGGGAAGAGGAGGAGGAGGAAGGGGUGGUGAAGAAGAAGGGAACAUCUGGGUUAGAGAUGAGGACUGAAGCUCACAGGGAAUCAGCACAGAGCACCAGGACUUCUCCCAAACACCCAGCAGGUCUCUCCAGAGAGCAGGGAGUCCCUGAGAGUGUGAACAGCAGCAACGAGCCGGCUCAGCCAUCACACUACCUCUAUGUGCCCAACAAUGCAGGUCUGAACAGCUUCAACUUCCUCCUCUCUGCGGGUCAGACAUCAGCCGGUCUUGCACUUCCCCCCAGCAGCAUCCCGUCCCUGCCUCUGCCGUACAUCCUGGUGCCCUCUGCAGCGCUCCCUCACUACCCCCUCGUGGCUGGCGGUCUGCAGCAGCAGGGCUCUGAUGCACACAACAAACUGAGCUUCAGCCUGCCCGCUGUGAUGUCACCCGCACAUUUCAUGGUCGGGGCGGCGCCGUUCGGCUUUGCGGCGGCUUCAGAAGUCGGCAGGUCUCCGGCUACGGCUCCGUCCACGCCUGAACAGAGCAGAGUGUACGGGGCCGUCUCAGGAGCUCCACAGUCUCCUUCAGGACCAUGCCACACUGUCUGCAUCAACACACCAGAACCACUGACUCCUCAUACUCCAAAGGAAACCACUCCGUCUGCCUCCAAGGCUUUCUUCCAGACCCCGGGCACUCUGGGAAACGUAGUCAGCGCCGUGCCAGCUGCCCGAAGACGAGGCUCCGCUCAGAGGAGGCUGGACGUCGGCCACCCUCCUCCAACCUGUUAGAUUCAACGUGUGGAGAGAGAUUAGCUCUUUGUCCUGAAUGUGAAAACUGUGGUUACAAACCGUUGGUGCUUUGUGAGUUUAUUAUUAAUAAAUUAAGUUUCCUUUAAAAAAAAAAAUCUAAAUUAACCGAAGAUUCCCCCGUGAGACGUAGAAACAUUUGAAGCAGGAGUUAUUUGAACCAUCUUAAGGGAAUCUUAAUUUUAAACCCUUUUGUUUUGGGUUGUUUGUUAACAGUUCAAAGUGCCUCGUGGUUCCAUUAUGAGACACUACAUUUCAGAGUGAAUGACUGAAGCAGUAUUGCCAAUGUGACAGUGCCCUCCUGUGGUGGGAGUGGGUCACUGCUGUGUUUUUAUAUGUCAGCCUUCCCCCCCCAAAAAAGAUCACGCUACCUAAUCCCCAUCACUUGUGUAUUAUAGCCCACUACUAUUUAUAUUUAGAUAAUAUAUGUGGAUUACAGGUACUGUAAUGGAACAUUUUAGCACUAAGUAUUUGACUGUUUAUAUCAGAGAGGUUGUGAAGCUGGCCCCUGAAGGUUUUGUUACAUCGUCCAGGUAUAAAAGGAAAUCCAUCCGCUGCUGAUCACAGCUGUAGAAUGAGAGCAGCGUCCUCUCGACUCAUUUCAGAAAUCACUAAAGCCUUAAUGUUUACAGCCUGUUUGUAUCUCACGGAGCAGCUGAAUGCACAGCAGAAAUGUGAACCGUGCAGCUUGUUUUUACUGAAUGUCUGUAACUGAAGUGCUCGAUGGUUAAACGUGGAACUCUUUAGUGUCGUUUCAGAAGACUAAGGGGUGACGUGAUGUGACAAUGCUCUCAGGUACUUGAAUAUGUGUGACUUUGUGGAGAUAUCAGAGUACUGUAAAGAUAUUUUAUCCCUCGGAAGAUAAAAAAUCUGUUUGUUGAAACCAGAGCCUGAUCUUUGUAUGCACAUUUUAGGGUUGAGAGGACGUUUUCAUCCAAAAAGUGUAGACGUUGCUUCACCUGUCAGCUUCAGGCAGGUCUGUAACAGCUGUGUAAUCAUUAAGGGUGAAUGCAUCAGGUCAGAAAUACAACUUUACAGAAGGAGCUCAAUAGAAAUGGACCGUUUUUAAUGAGUGACAUGCUUUAAAGCCACAGGACUCCAUUUAUAAAAACAGAUGCUGUCUGCAUGAUUGUGUAUUGUAAGGACAUUGCACUAGAACCUAACUUGAAAAUCUGUAAAAGAAGUGACACGAUACUCAAAACAAGCAACUCUGUGUUGUGCACAGUAAUCUUGCAGGUCUUGUUUGUGGAGUCUGGUGGCUGUAAAGUUUGCAUUUUUAAAGAUUUUUGUGGUUAAAUGAGAAAAAAAGUUAUCACCUCAUCUAAAGUAAUGCUGUAGGGAUGCUCUGUCAUGCUGUAGGACAAUAAAGCGGCAUUAACAACACUUUCAAAGGUCGUACUUUGAUCGGCUACAUUCCCAUUAAGGGUCAUGUUACUCCCUUAUUUGUGGCUGCAAGCUGGAUCAAUCUAUCGGAGCUAUUCUGAAACUUUGCACCAGUCGUUUACAUCCUCUUCCUGCAAAUACUCCUCAUAAUGUCUUUUUUAACACCUCUGUUCAUCCUGCACACAGCCCUCAAUAUGUCGUCUACAUUCAGGGGUUAAAUGUGGAACCUGAAGGCCCCGACCUUUGACCCCGUACAGUUUCACUCAGGUUGUGCAGGGACUGUUCAGAAUAGCUCCUCGGUUACAAACCCUCUUCCCGUUUACAUCCCGGCAUUAAACAUUGGUGCUACUCACGUAAUCAUUCAGGGGAGUUCAGUGACGUCACACCAAAGGGUGCACGGAUAAUCCACUCUGAGUGGGUAUGUAAUGUACAGUUUCAUGUCUGUAAUUAUUUUGUACAUUGUAUUCAUAGUGUCAUGUAUACUUUCCACAUGCAGCUUGUUUCUGUUUUUAAAUACUGAUCCCUGCACUGCUAGUUUUAGUGUCUGCUGGUCUAACUUCUACAAAACUCAGAGCUUCAAUCUGCAGUUUGAGCCUGACUGGUUCUCUAUUGUACAACUUUCACAAACUUAUUAAAAAUGUUCAGUGCUAAUGAG